GCCUGGACCGCGGGGCGCCGGGCUUAGGGCGCGGGGAGCCGACAGGGGCCCCGAGGGCGCGGGUCGGGCGGCAGGUGCGGGGCGCGGACUACAAGUCCCGGCAUGCCCAGCUACCCUGACCCGGCCCCCGCUGCCACUUAAAAGCUUCGGGAGCCGCAGCCGUCGGGUCGCCGCGGCUUUCGCUUUGCCGCCGCGGCUGGGCGGGCGGAGCAGCGGGCUCGGCGGCCGGUCGUCGCAGCGUGCGAGCUCCGGCGGCGCCGAGGGGCGCUCCUCGUCCGGCCUCCCCGCUCGCGGACUCCCUCCCGAGGCGCCCGCGCCCCCGGGCUCCCCGCCUCGGUCACCCCGCGGCCCCGAUGCCGAGGCAUGGAUAGAGCGGCGCCGCGCGCGGUGGCGAUGGGGGAGAAGAAGGAGGGCCGCGGCGGGGGGGACGUGGCGGCCGCGGACGGGGGCCCCGGGGCCGCGGCCAGCCGGGCGCUGCAGCAGUGCGGGCAGCUCCAGAAGCUCAUCGACAUCUCCAUCGGCAGCCUGCGCGGGCUGCGCACCAAGUGCGCGGUGUCCAACGACCUCACCCAGCAGGAGAUCCGGACCCUGGAGGCAAAGCUGGUCCGGUACAUUUGCAAACAGCAGCAGUGCAAGCUGAGCGUGGCUCCUGGCGAGAGGACCCCAGAGCUCAACAGCUACCCCCGUUUCAGUGACUGGCUGUGUACCUUCAGUGUGAGGUCAGCAGUGGUACAGGAGAUCCUCAGCGAGCUCACACUGGAUGCCCUGCUGGACAUGAACGAGGUCAAGGUGAAGGAGACGCUUCGGCGCUACGGGGCCAACACCGAGGAGUGUAGCCGCCUGCAGUAUGCACUUGCCUGCCUGCGGAAAGUGACAGGUCUGGGAGGGGAGCACAAAGAAGACUCAGGCUGGAGUUCAUUGGAUGCCCGGCGGGAAAGUGGCUCUGGGUCUUCGGUGGAUACCCCAUCGCCAGCCAGCCUGCCCUGGCCCCCAGGGAGUGCCCAGCUGGGCAGAAUGGGCAGCGGUGCCCAGGGCCCACGCUCCGUGUCCGUGUCAGCUCUGCCCACCUCAGACUCCCUGACCCCUGGCCCCUGCGAGGGCCUCUCGGACACCUGUAUCCUCCUGCACACCAGUGGUCGGCUGACCCCCCGGGCCCUGCACAGCUUCAUCACCCCCCCAACCACACCCCAGCUGCGAAGGCACACCAAGCUGAAGCCGCCGCGGACACCACCCCCGCCCAGCCGCAAGGUCUUUCAGCUGCUGCCCAGCUUCCCCACACUCACCCGGAGCAAGUCCCAUGAGUCACAGUUGGGGAACCGCAUUGAUGAGGUCUCCCCGAUGAGAUUUGAUCUCCCACAUGGAUCCCCACAGAUGGUACGAAGGGAUAUCGGACUGUCAGUGACUCACAGAUUCUCCACGAAAUCUUGGCUGUCACAGGUCUGCCAUGUGUGCCAGAAGAGCAUGAUGUUUGGAGUGAAAUGCAAGCAUUGCAGAUUGAAGUGUCACAACAAGUGUACAAAAGAAGCCCCUGCCUGUCGAAUAUCCUUCCUUCCACAACCUCGGCUUCGGAGGACAGAGUCUGUCCCCUCGGACAUCAACAACCCAGUGGACAGAGCAGCUGAGCCCCAUUUCGGAACCCUCCCCAAAGCACUAACAAAGAAGGAGCAUCCUCCGGCCAUGAACCACUUGGACUCCAGUAGCAACCCAUCCUCUACCACCUCCUCCACGCCCUCCUCGCCGGCACCUUUCCCAACAUCGUCCAAUCCAUCCAGUGCAACCACACCCCCCAACCCCUCUCCUGGCCAGCGGGACAGCAGGUUCAACUUCCCAGCUGCCUACUUCAUUCAUCAUAGACAGCAGUUUAUCUUUCCAGACAUUUCGGCAUUUCCACAGGCAGUGCCAUCCCCUGAUGCGGCGGACAGCACCCGGCUCGACCACCAGCCAAAAGCAGAUGUGCUGGAGGAUCACGAAGUGGAGGCUGAGGAGCCAGAGGCUGGCAAGUCAGAGGCAGAGGACGACGAGGACGAGGUGGAUGACUUGCCGAGCUCCCGCCGGCCCUGGCGGGGCCCCAUCUCUCGCAAGGCCAGCCAGACCAGCGUGUACCUGCAGGAGUGGGACAUCCCCUUCGAGCAGGUGGAGCUGGGUGAGCCCAUUGGGCAGGGCCGCUGGGGCCGGGUGCACCGUGGCCGCUGGCAUGGCGAGGUGGCCAUCCGCCUGCUGGAGAUGGACGGUCACAACCAGGACCACCUGAAGCUGUUCAAGAAGGAGGUGAUGAACUAUCGGCAAACGCGACACGAGAACGUGGUGCUCUUCAUGGGGGCUUGCAUGAACCCGCCCCACCUGGCCAUCAUCACCAGCUUCUGCAAGGGGCGGACUUUGCACUCAUUUGUGAGGGACCCCAAGACGUCUCUGGACAUCAACAAGACCAGACAGAUUGCUCAGGAGAUCAUCAAGGGCAUGGGCUAUCUACAUGCCAAAGGUAUUGUGCAUAAAGAUCUCAAAUCCAAGAACGUCUUCUAUGACAAUGGCAAAGUUGUCAUCACCGACUUCGGACUAUUUGGGAUCUCGGGCGUGGUCCGAGAGGGCCGGCGUGAGAACCAGCUGAAGCUGUCGCAUGACUGGCUCUGCUACCUGGCCCCGGAGAUCGUACGAGAGAUGACCCCUGGGAAGGACGAGGACCAGCUGCCGUUCUCCAAAGCUGCUGAUGUCUAUGCAUUUGGGACUGUUUGGUAUGAACUGCAAGCAAGAGACUGGCCAUUUAAGAACCAAGCCGCAGAGGCCUUGAUCUGGCAGAUUGGGAGCGGAGAGGGUAUGAAGCGCGUCCUGGCCUCCGUCAGCCUGGGGAAGGAAGUCACUGAGAUCCUCUCUGCCUGCUGGGCUUUUGACCUGCAGGAGAGGCCCAGCUUCACCCUGCUGAUGGACAUGCUGGAAAAACUGCCCAAGCUGAACCGGAGGCUCUCCCACCCUGGGCACUUCUGGAAGUCUGCUGACCGCUGGCGGAGCCGCUACUACGGGAAGGGGCGUUACGGUCACCUGGACUUUAAGAACUCCUGUCCGGCUCUGGAGGAAUACAUUAACAGCAGCAAAGUUGUACCCCGGUUUGAAAGGUUUGGCUUGGGUGUCCUGGAGUCCAGUAAUCCAAAGAUGUAGCCAGCUGUGCAGUUUUUUCUGCCAAUUUCUUUCUUUCUUAAAUGUGUUUCUGAAGCAUCCAAACAACCACCGUGACAAAAAUGAAAACACUCUUCAAAACAUCAGUCUACCCUAAGUGCUGCAAAUCAGGAGUGUGAGUCCUCGACUCAGACCAUUCAUCCACAAAAACACCCGGGCUGGAGAUGGAGCUGCACCUGCUGUUUCUUAAAGUGACAUUACUGACAACCAGACCUGCCCCAACAGGCAGCGAAUGUUUACAUAUAUGUUUCUGGGGAGUGAAUUCGAUGCUUUGCAGUAGGUAAUAAUAAAAAGUGCUCUGCAGAGGCACACUGGCACCACUGGCCAGGAUGGCAGAAGUGGCCUUCCCUCUGGAGGACCCUGUCGGCAUUGAGGAAAAGAAAGAAAAGCAUCAUGAUUGUGGCUGUUCUCCAGGGAGGAAGGGGAACCAUGAGGUUUGACCUGGAUGGACUCUGCUUUGGCCCUAAAGCCCAGCCAUGGAGAAUGUCCCUGUGUUGGGUUCUUGCCCUAUCCUAUCAAAGAGACGCUGUCCCUUUUUCUUCUGUCAGAAGAAACCCUGGCUAGGAACCAAGCUAGAUUAUGAGGGUCAGGAAUUUCCAAGAGUUUGUUUCCCUUUUGACCCCAAUAAUCCAGCCCAUCCCUGCUGGAAAAAGAGAGACAGAUAAAAUGCAAAUAGUAUCUAGAUUGAUCCAGGGGUUCGUGGGUUGGUAGCCAGGGUGGAGGUAGCCUCUCACCUGUGGAGAGGUUUCUUUCACACAGCUUCCAGGAAGACACCAAGGAGAUGGCACUCAGGGCUUCAGCUUUUUAGACACGUCCCAGUCCUGGCUGACCUUUGACCCCAGACCUAAGGCCCAGCCCAGCAGCUGUGUAUACCAUGAAAGCUUGCUUGGUGAGGACAAAGGGAAGGGAGAAGUGGCAGGGCUCCUGAGCCCACCCUCCCAGUCACAGGGGUGACCUGGCUCUUUGGAAGCUCUAUCAGUCAUGCCAGGGUUCUGGAACUGCCUGCCCAUUCUCCCCCUGUACUGUUGAAAUGAAAGCCCAUAGCCACUCCUGACUCUUCUGCAGUCCGUGUUCUGAGCUCUUAGCUAAGACAGGAGGCCUGUGCCCCUCCACACCAUUCAUCUAGACCCACCCAGCCCACCAGUCUUCGAGCCUUCCCAUGAACUAAGUCAGGGCCACCUAUCUAUGUGUGUACCUUUGCACGAGAAGGAGGGGUGUGAGUAGGGGAAGUCUGUGAUGUGAGAGCACCCUCCCUAUCUUCAUUAGAAGCUGUCACCCAAAGGGAAAGUACCAAAUGGCAAAGAAGCCUUCAGUGGGUGUUACCAUGUUAGGCCUCAAGCCAGAACUGACUGAAGGUGACAAGGGUGGAGAUGUGGUUGGAUUCAGACCCAGAAUGCUCUGAGCCAUGCCCUGAGCCAAGAUGGAGGGGCAUGUGGUCCUCUCAUCCCUUUCAUUUAGACCCAUUUAGCAAAGCUCCCAAUCUUCAGGGCCUUCCCUGGAGUCUAGCCAAAAUGUCCUAUGAAGCAAGCCACUACCUAGAAGUUGUAGGGCUGUCUUCCUGUCCCCAGGUCAGGCACCCCUUGGCUGACACACGCUUAGCAGAGCUGUGCAGCCAUGCAGGGUAUCUGGGCUCCCACUGCCCAUCAGCACCCCAGACCUGAGCUCCUUAACCCUUCCCAGUCAGGGUGCUUGGGGAAGAUUGGAGCUGUAAACCAGCUGGAUUCAGCUCCAGGUGGGACUGCUUUCACCUCCUCAUCCCUUGGCCUCCCCAAUGAGUAUCAUGCCGCAGAUCAGUUUCAGGAAGCUUUCGUCAAACACCAACGGUGUCUUGUGCAAGUGCAGGGGACUCCGCAACAGGAGCAGCCACAGUCUCUGCCCUUAAAGGAACUGACCCUCUGCCAGGAACCGUGAGGCGGAGGUGAAGGUCUGGUGGUGACAGCCCCUUCAUCUGCAGGACCCUGGACAGCCUCCCAGCUCUUGGCCUACCCCUGCACUGCCUGUCAUUUAAGAGAAAAGUAGUCCCCUUCUCCCACUCAAAGUGACUGUGAAUUGAGGUUGAGAAGACAUGCUUGCCCUUCUGUGUGCUCUUCCCGUCUGUUGUGGAAACACGAAGGACGGCAGAUACUGUGAAUUCAGCCUGCAUGGCCAACUGUGAAGGGGAUGGAGAAGCUGAGAUGGCCUCCUUGGCGAGAGCUCUGGGGAUAGCGGGGGAUCCCCACCAGGGUCUGAGAGUGGACCCCAAGCAUUGGUCCUUCAUGGCACGUCCCCAGUCCCUAGCAUCCCCUCCAAAACCCUAGGGCCCUUGUCCCUGCUGCCUUUAGCCACCAGAGCUGCAGUCCCUAGGUCUCUGUCCAACUCAAGGUCUUCAGUCCUAGCAAGCUCCCUGUUGGUCGUGGGCAGUGUAGCAACGUUGACCUCACCAUGUCACCAAAUCCAUGCAGGGUGCUGGAGCGCCUCUGCCCUCUUAGUGGCAUUUCUCGUGACUACAGGGGGCAGCUGUGUGUCCUAUAAGCCUGCAUUGCUGUUGUUCCGUGUUGAUUAGGGGGCCGAGUGGAGAUGUAAAUGUGAAGCCGUUUAGAGAGCUUGUGUGAUGCUGCAGUGUUAGCCCGGAUUUCAUUAGUGUGUGUAAAACCAGCGUCUUCCGUGGCCACAGGCACACACUUGCUUUUUUGAAUGUGAUGUAAAAUUUGUACAGUAAAAGUUUUUAUAUUUUCUAUCAACUGCAUUUGUCUUCCAGAAAUGCUAUUAAUUUAAAUUAAAAUGGUUAGUAUUAAUGAACGUGCUGUAUUAGUUUUUUGCCACUGGCAAGAACACAUCUUUUGUGCCAGGCCAAGCCUGGGUGUCUGGAGUUUGUGAAUAAAAGUGUACCAUGAUGUCUGGGGCUUGUGUCUACUUGGAUCAGUUCCAGAUGAGUGUGAGGAGCUACUCGGAUGGCACAGGGAACAGGAAUGGGGGUGG